AUGGCAGAUUCCACUCAACCAGCACCAGCAGCUUCGCAGGCUGAAUCAUCGACCGCACCCCAAACCGAAGCCGGAGGAAAUAAGAAGCAGCCAGUUGUCAUAAUAUGUAUAGGUAUGGCAGGAUCAGGAAAAACAACGUUUAUGCAACGUCUGAACUCUCACUUACAUUCACGCAAUACCCCUCCAUAUAUACUCAAUCUCGAUCCUGCUGUAUCGCAUAUGCCUUAUUCAGCGAAUAUAGAUAUUAGAGAUACGGUGGAUUACAAGGAGGUCAUGAAGCAGUAUAACCUAGGUCCGAAUGGUGGAAUUCUCACGGCUUUGAAUUUGUUCACGACCAAGUUUGACCAGGUAUUGGGAUAUGUGGAGAAACGAGCUGAGGAUGUAGACUAUAUCCUGGUGGAUACUCCAGGUCAAAUAGAAAUCUUCACCUGGUCAGCUUCAGGAGCGAUCAUCACCGACGCUAUAGCGUCAUCUCUACCUACUGUCGUAGCUUAUGUGGUGGAUACACCGAGGACAACAGCUCCAGCUACAUUUAUGAGUAAUAUGUUGUAUGCUUGUUCGAUAUUAUACAAAACCCGACUCCCUUUCAUAAUAGUAUUCAACAAAACCGAUAUCCAGCCGCACGACUUUGCGAUAGACUGGAUGAAAGACUUCGAAGCGUACCAAGCUGCUUUGAACGAUAGUGGAAGGAACGAACAUGGGGAAAGUAGUUAUAUGAACAGUCUCAUGAGCAGCAUGUGUCUGGUUUUAGAGGAGUUUUACAACAAUCUAAGGGCGGUGGGUGUCAGUGCGAUGACGGGAGAAGGGAUGAGAGGGUUUUUCGAUGCUGUUGAGGAGGCAAGAAAAGAAUAUGAGAGCGACUAUAAACCUGAAUUAGACAGAUUAGCAUCUGAGAGAGCAGCGAAGACGGAAGCGGAUAAGAAAGCGCAAUUGGAAAGGUUGAUGAAAGAUAUGAACGUAUCGGAUUCAUCUGCUGAGUCAUCACGUAGAAGAGGUGGCGCAGUUGGAGAUAAUCCAUUUGGACCAUAUCCAGUGAAUGAGAGGGAAGAUAGAUAUUACGAUGAAGAAGGAGACGAAGAGGUGGAUGAGGAAGAACAAGAUGCGAUAAGGCGUCAGGAGGAAGAAGAGGAAGAAGCUGCCUAUGCCGAAGAACUAGGCGCCUUGGAUGUAGACGAACCAGAGAUAGGAGGCAUGCCGAGGAGUGGACCGAAUGGAAGUAGGGCUGCUGCAUGGCCUGGACCAGUGUAG